AUGAUGAUCAAAUAUGGACUCGAUCUGGUAGAUGCAGACGGAGUGGAAUGCUAUGUUGAUUCAAGUCCAGAUACGUUGGCCAUGUACGAGAAAUUCGGUUGGGUCAAGGUCCAUGAGAAAGAAUUCAUGCAGCUGGGCGAUUUCCGCUACGUAGAGAGUUAUUGUGUCAGACUAGCGGAGAGAAAGAAAAAUUAA